UCUCCGGGUACCGCCGCCCCGAGAGCGGCCGGGCCGGGCGGCCGGGCCCGCCGUAGGGCCAUGAGGAGCCGCAGCAACUCGGGGGUGCGCCUGGACGGCUACGCCCGCCUGGUCCAGCGGACCAUCCUCUGCCACCAGAACCCAGUGACGGGGCUGCUUUCAGCUGGGGCUGACCAUAAGGAUGCCUGGGUACGGGACAACAUCUACAGCAUCCUGGCCGUGUGGGGGCUGGGGAUGGCGUAUCGGAAGAACGCGGACCGGGAUGAGGAUAAAGCCAAAGCCUACGAGCUUGAGCAGAAUGUUGUGAAGCUGAUGCGGGGACUCUUGCAGUGCAUGAUGAGACAGGUAGAUAAGGUAGAGAAGUUCAAACGCACUCAGAGUACCAAAGACUGCCUCCAUGCCAAGUAUAACUCUGCUACUUGUGCCACGGUGGUUGGGGACGACCAGUGGGGGCAUCUACAAGUGGAUGCAACUUCCCUCUACCUGCUCUUCUUGGCACAGAUGACUGCAUCAGGGCUACGUAUUAUCUUCACCCUUGAUGAAGUUGCCUUUAUCCAGAAUCUUGUUUUUUACAUAGAAGCUGCCUACAAAGUUGCUGAUUAUGGAAUUUGGGAACGUGGUGAUAAGACAAACCAAGGAAUCCCUGAACUAAACGCAAGCUCUGUAGGAAUGGCCAAAGCUGCUUUGGAAGCAAUUGAUGAACUAGAUCUUUUUGGAGCUCAUGGAGGACACAAAUCAGUGAUUCAUGUUCUUCCUGAUGAAGUGGAACACUGUCAGUCUAUUCUGUACUCCAUGUUGCCAAGGGCAUCCACGUCAAAGGAGAUAGAUGCUGGCCUUCUGUCUAUUAUUUCUUACCCAGCUUUUGCAGUGGAGGAUGUAAACCUUGUUAAUGUAACCAAGAGUGAAAUCAUAUCCAAAUUGCAGGGCCGCUAUGGCUGCUGUCGCUUUCUCCGAGAUGGUUACAAAACACCCAGAGAGGAUCCAAGCAGGCUGCACUAUGAUCCUGCUGAGCUCAAGCUCUUUGAGAAUAUUGAAUGUGAGUGGCCAGUAUUCUGGACAUACUUCCUAAUUGAUGGAAUAUUUAAUGAGGACAAAAUCCAGGUACAAGAGUACAGAGAGGCUCUGGAAGGAAUACUUAUUCGAGAGAAGAAUGGAUUAGUGCUAAUGCCUGAACUGUACGCAGUCCCUCCAGAAAAGGUGGAUGAGGAGUAUGAAAAUCCUCACUCGGUGGAUCGUGUCCCAGUGGGAAAGUUGCCCCAUCUUUGGGGCCAAUCAUUGUAUGUCCUGAGCUGUCUGUUAGCAGAGGGAUUUCUUGCUGCAGGUGAAAUUGAUCCCUUAAACAGGAGAUUUUCCACGGGAUUUAAACCUGAUGUUGUGGUACAAGUAACUGUUUUGGCAGAAUCUAAUCAAAUUAAGAAUCUGUUGCAAGAGCAUGGAAUCAAUGUUCAGAGCAUUGCUGAUAUCCAUCCACUCAGGGUGCAGCCAGCUCGCAUCCUCAGCAACCUCUACACCAUGCUGGGCCGGAACAAGAAUAUGAAAUUAAGUGGCCGACCACACCGGCACAUAGGAGUGUUGGGCACCUCCAAGCUCUACGUGAUAAGAAAUCAAAUAUUUGCUUUUACCCCUCAGUUUACUGACCAGCAUCACUUCUAUCUGGCUCUAGACAAUCAGAUGAUUGUGGAGAUGCUCAAGACAGAGCUGGCUUACCUCACUUCUUGCUGGAGGAUGACAGGGAGACCAACCUUGACAUUUCCCAUCACCCACACAAUGCUUGUUGAUGAUGGUACUGACAUUCAUCCAGCAGUUCUUGCCACAAUAAGAAAAUUAGAAGAUGGUUAUUUUGGAGGUGCAAGGGUGAAGAUAGGCAAGCUAUCAGAAUUUCUUACCACCUCUUUUCAUACAUAUCUGAGCUUUCUGGAUCCAGACUGUGACCUAAAACUGUUUGAUGACCGUAAUGACAACUGUAAUAGUCCUGACAGUGAAUAUGGAGACUACCCAGCAGAUUUCUGUGAAAAAGAUAGCCAGGAUGAGCUGGAUCAGUAUAUAAAUGAUGUCCUGCAGAGCACAGCCCUGAAGUCAUACCUGCCUCCGACUUCAAAGACAGCAAGUGAACCUCCUGUGUUCAGUGCAAAUCAUUCCACAGAAGAGAUACUGUCAAUAAUGGCCAAGACAAAGGGCUUGGAAGUUCCAGCCGUGUCCAUGUCUCUUCCCACUAAAGUUCUGAACACUCACCGAAAGUCUCUGAAUCUUGUUGAUAAUCCUCAUUUCUUUGGGACAAAGGACCAUGAAAAUGUUUUGCACUUACCUAAAGAUGCUCAUGGUGAUUUGGAUUGCAGGAAGCUUGUUGAUCAGCUGAAGGAAUGUCCAACACUCCAUGAUCAAGCAGAUAUCUUGUAUAUCUUGCAUAUACUCAAAGGUGCUGACUGGGACACAGAGCUGGAUGGACAGUAUGGUGUCACUGUUCACUGCCUCCUCAAUGAGCUCUACAGAAAGGCAGGCCUCAAUCAGGAAUGGGGCUUAAUCCGUUACAUUUCUGGCAUACUCAAAAAGAGAGUUGAAGUCCUGGCUGAGGCAUGCACAGACCUUCUGUCACACCACAAGCAACUUACAGUGGGGCUGCCACCAGAACCCCGUGAGAAAAUCAUUACCACCCCACUGCCACCUGAGGAGCUCACAGAUCUCAUUUAUGAAGCCAGUGGCCAAGACAUCAGUAUUGCAGUCCUGACACAGGAGAUAAUUAUGUACUUGGCGAUGUACGUCCGCUCACAGCCCAGCCUUUUUGUGGAGAUGCUCCGGCUCCGCAUUGGUCUGAUAAUCCAGGUGAUGGCCACUGAGCUGGCACGAAGUCUGAAAUGCUCAGGUGAAGAAGCUUCAGAGAGCUUGAUGAAUCUAAGCCCAUUUGAUAUGAAAAGUCUCCUGCAUCAUAUUCUCAGUGGGAAAGAGUUUGGAGUGGAAAGAAGCUUGCGACCUGUAGAUUCUUCUUCAUCCAGCCCUGCAAUUUCUAUUCAUGAGAUGGGGCAUUCUGGAGCAACCAAAACAGAAAGAAGUGGUAUUACUAAACUGAAGAGUGAGAUGAAGCAGAGGGGCAGUACUCCAUCUUCUCCCACCAGUUCUUCUCCGACUGGCUCCAGUGGGGACAUGAGCUGGGGUGACAGAAAAGGGCAGUGGCUGCGCAGAAGGAGGCUGGAUGGUGCUAUUAACAGAGUUCCUGUUGGCUUUUAUGAGAAAGUGUGGAAGAUCCUUCAGAAGUGCCAUGGUCUGUCCAUUGAUGGGUAUGUCCUUCCUUCUUCAACCACCAGAGAGAUGACCCCGUGUGAAAUCAAGUUUGCAGUGCACGUGGAAUCGGUGCUGAACCACGUCCCCCAGCCCGAGUACAGGCAGCUGCUGGUGGAAGCUAUUCUGGUCCUGACGUUCCUCUCCGACAUCGAGGUGAACAGCAUUGGGGGCAUCAUCCACGUGGACAGAAUCGUGCACAUGGCCAAUGACCUCUUUCUGCAGGAGCUGAAAUCAUUUGGAGCUACUGGUAGUAUCUUGGAGAAAGACGCAGCCACAGGAAUUUGCCACUUUUUUUAUGAUAGUGCUCCCAGUGGAGCCUAUGGCACCAUGACUUACCUAACAAAAGCCAUAAUUAUUUAUUUACAUGAUUUCCUGCCCAGCACAGGCUGUGCAAUGCAAGACCAGAGGAGUUGGAUAGUCCAGAGGACCUGGAGUCCUGUGUUAGCCACCAUGGGAACCAUGGGCCUGUGCAGGGGCCAGUAUAAAGUGACAGUUCAGAAACAAGAAGGCUGAUGUUGGUUUUCCAUGCAGUUGCAUUGAAGUCUAAAGCAUGAAAUGUAUGGCCUAACAUACCUGGACACCCCUUAACAAUUCUUUGUUUUUAAAUGGGAGCAUCAUUGGUAUCUUUACCAUCAAAUUCACAGUAUGACCCAGGUUAUGGCAUAUUCAUGAUGAUUACAAUGAUGAUGAUUACAAUGAAUUACCACGUGGAAUGCAGGCAAUUGGAAAGUAUUUAUGUGGUAAUUUGAAGAGUUUAGGUAUCUAUCUGGUGGUGCAGGGUGGUACUCAAACACAAAGCCAGUGGAAGGCAACUUAGUUACUUGCAGGGUCAGGCACAGCUGCAGAGGAGCUGGCAGAAUAAGGACCUGUGUCCAGCUCAGAGCUUGUAUCACAUGCUGGCCCCAGCCCUGCUCCCCAGGCCAGUGUCCCCCCUGCUCACGCUGCUGCCUUCCCCCUGCUGCCACCAGGGACAUGGGUUUGUCUGACUAAACAGAUCAAAAGUGCCAUUGAUCUCCCUCAGCUGCUGGUCCCUCAGGUUACUGUGAAAACUGAAUGGGUGGAGUACAAAGUUUGUCUGGCUUCUCUCCUGCUAAUUGUAGUCUCCUUUCUCAGGGAAAGAGUCCUGCUUGUUCCUGGAAGGUGCAGGUGAGCCACAGAGUCCUUGGCUGCCCUGCAAAGGGGCAGCCACUUUCUGUGGGGUAGUGAACACCCGGCCUGCCCCAUGUGGGCCUGGGACACUACAGGAAUGUGUCACCCCUCUGGCAGCAGCCAGGGCCUUGAGUGAAGCGAGAGCUUCACUGAGUCAGUCCAAGUCCAACCUUGGGCACUUUUUGGAGUGGCUGGCAGGUAGGAGCAGAGUUGCCCAGAAAGCAGGAGAGAGAUGAUGCCAGUGGUAGCAACUGUAGCUGUAGGGUGAGAGCUUGGCACUCAUCUGCAGGCUGAUUCAGGCACUGCUUAAAGGACCACUCACAUCUGGACUAUUAAGUGGCUGCUGCAUAGAAUCAUGACUGAAAAAAAGGGAUUGAGAAUGUGGGUUAUAGAAGAAGAGCUUCUGCUCAAACAGUUUGGAUUUAAGUACAAGCAGCAGGGCUUUUUCCCACUUCCAGUUUCAGUCUCAAGUGGCAUUUAUUCCCAGCGUUAGAUGUUUCACAGUUACUCCCUGUGCCACCCCCCUUCUGUCAGGGGCCAGGGUGCCCUUUGUGCCACCAGCAGCUGACAGGACAGGCUUUCUGUUUUGGCUCAAUGAUUCAGCUCCUCUCAUACCUCAGUCCUGCAUCCCCAAAAGGCUCUCACUGCCUGCCGAGUGAAGCUGUGCUGCGACUGUACCUUGGCAGCCCCUCUCAGGAAGUGAUCCCUCAAGGCCAGUCCCCUUCAUGCCAGGUUCAGGAAUGUGUCCUUAGUGAGGGACAUCCACACUGAAGGCUGCCAGCCGUCCUUCAGAGCUCCUGUGUCUCACUGUACAGCCCAGCUUUGUCCUCUUUGCUGGGGCAGGCGGCAAAGGGAGACUCCAGAGCUGCAGUGUCCAGUUCCACCUUGUCAAUUCGCACCCACUUCAUGGAAGCCAACAGUGGGAAGCAAGAUCCCACUACACACAGAGGUGUUUGGCCAUUGUAAGUGGAGCCUUUUUGUAACUCCACUGGAAUAAGGUGGGACUGAUCAUCACAGUGCAUAGAUCAGAAUAACUGCAUGCUAAAAAUAUACAUUAUGUAUUACCAAUGCCAUUAAAGUUUCACUGUAAAGUU